CGCUGCCAGCUGCGCGCAGUCAGUGCUCGGUUGGCGCUGUGGUCGCGCGGGCGCGCUCCGAACCACGCCGAGUGCCUCUCCUCGAGAGUCCGGCCGCGCUCCCUUCCGAUCCCCCUGGGCCCUCCCCGACUCCCUCCACCCGAAGAACGCGCAGUGUGUCCGUCUCCUACGUCCCGACUCCUCCGUGUUCGUGUGCUUCUCUCGUGUGUUACUGCAACAAUAGUGUGUCUGCGAAACGACGCGGCAGCGACCGACUUCGGAAACCCGACUCUGCCGCGAUUUUCGAACGACAUCACAGUGUUGUCGCUGUCUUCCGAAGACAACGUCGGCCGUUGGAAACGUAAGGGAGGAGGCGGCGGCGGCGGCCGUGCCGGCUGGACGCAGCCGGGCUCUGAGGGUUUCUACGGACCCGCUACCAGUUGCUGCUCCACGAGGACCACACGGGGCAGGUGACGAUGAAGCCUGCUCUGCUGACAAGUGUCGCCGCAGCGCGGCAUGGGAGAUGAGUGCGAGGUGUGCGCGGGGGCGGGUCCCGGCCCUCCGCCCCCGCAGUUCCUUGUGCCGCCACCGCCGCGGCCGCCCUUCCUGCCGGACGACGAGCACUGCCUCCAGGAGGACCAACUGCCCUCCGACGUCUGUGAUGCCCUACCUGUGAUAGACGCGGAGCUGCACAGCGGCCCCGCGCUGCCGUCCCUGGCUGUGAUAGCGGUCAGCUCCGCCAUCCUGGCCGCCGUCGUCCUCAUCGCCGGCGUGCUCGUCUGGAAGUACAAGCGGAAACCGCCUGUUCUGAUGCCGUGCAAGCCAUCGGCGCAGGGCAUCGAUCCAGGGACCAUGGGCUACGACGACCUGCCCGGCGCUCACGUGGCAGCGAGGCAGAUGCGUGCAGCUGCGGCUCAGCACCCGCCGGAGAUGAUCGACAUGAAGCCGAAUGUUGUCUACCCAAAUGGCUAUAGGGGUCCUGAGGAGCCAACGGUAUUCAUCUGUUCAGAUCCCUACAGCAAAGAAGAACUGUACAACCCCGUCUACCAGGAGCUGUCGCCAGUGUCGACGGAGCGCGGAGAGUCUGACCUGGAGAGCGAAAUUCCGGUGUCUGAGGACGACUUCGCUGAGGACGAGUUGAGCCUGGGCGAGGUCGGUCCACGCCGCCACCACCACCCGCAUGGUGCCCACCAGCACCAGCACCACCCCGCCCAGGGCCACCACGGGCGCGUUCCGCCCCCACCUCCCCCGCACAGGCGGGCGCCGCCGCCUCCACACCCGGCUCUCGCCGCUGGCGUGCCACCAGUGCCCUUCCACAACAGGCCGGAGCACAGGCGCCACGGAGGAGGCGGCGGGGGCGGCGGCGGUGGCGGCAGCGGCGCGGGCAGCGACUUCCACGAGGGCCUGCUGGUGGACGCGCUGCUGCAGCACCAGCAGCCGCUGACGCUGUCGGCGAGCCAGCACUACGCGUCCGCUCCCUGCUACCGCCUGGCCAAGCCGCCGCCGGAGGGCGCUCUCGCCGAGACCAGCUUCUCCACGUUCCGACCCCAGCACGCCACCAGCCACGACUCCGACUCUGGCUACAGCCACAACACGUCCAGCGGUCACCACGGACCCCGCAGCGCCACCGGAAGCCUCAAGAUGUCCUAGGAGCGCCCGCCACCGCUGCCCUCUGCCGCUUCUAGAGGGAAGCACAGUGGCCGUGGCGACCGAUACCCGAUAUCGCUUCGAUACGGACGACUGAUCGACACGGGGCUCUUCGUGUCCCUCGACUUACGGACUUCAUUAAGAAGCAGUUCCGGGAGAAUUAAUACUCAGAUCCCUUCUCUGGUUGUUAAGUCAUUUGUCAAGAUGAUUGUACGAACUUCGCCAGUCUAGUGAUAACUGUAAAGCGUCUGCUACCAAACAAUUGCAGGAGCACCAACGUCUUUCGAUGUUUCUGCGUCGAUAAUUUAUCACAGUGAAACUUCUGUGUCCUUAAAUGAAAUAAAACUUCCGCAAUAA